UCUACCCGGUUCCCGCCCAAAACAGCCUGCCACACGUCAUUAUCUGCGAAGAACCAGAAGGCAGAUGUAAGAAGUCAGAAACCGUCCGCGAAGAAGUCGAGCAACCCCAUUACAGAACCUCCAAACCCGAAGGAUGACAAAUUAUUAUGAGGUUGAUGAUAUCUUAGCUGAAGAAGAGCUGGUUCCAGCUGUAUUCCAGAAGUCUGCCAAUGGAGUCGGGAUAUUUGAUUGCUGUGAUGAUACAAAUAAGGUGGGAGCCGGUACUGAAGUGGAAAUGCCCUUUUGGCUUGCAUGUGACCUGUAUGUUAAACAAGCAGUGAAGAUCAAAGUUCCGUCAUGUUUUGACACCAAAGAGAGACCAAGAGAUAGACACCGCGAUGAACCAAUAAGAAAAAGGGACAGAACGAAGGAUGAAAUUGGAGCUGAUGCUGCACAUGUGGAUCUGAGAGGUCGAUGCCCAUAUUUUUACGAAUUCGGAUGCAAGAUAGCAAGACUAAUCGGUGACAAGACAAUAGGGCCUUUUCUGUUGGUUGCAUUUCGGACAAGAUAUAAAGAAGUGUUGAUCAAAGCAUACACUGCAGCAUCUACAGUAGCUAUUAAACAAUUACCACUUCUAACACAGGAAGAGAUGAAAUUGUAUGAGGCUGGGCAAUCCUCUAUAAUGGCUUUUAAGAAAUGGCGGAUGGGUGGACCUAGACUGCAGAAAGCUUCUGUGCUUGGGAGAAAGAGGAAACCAACCGAAUGAGUUUUUUCUCUUUUUGUAACCAUAUCUCAGUUAGUUAUUUGCACAAAGUGUACUUAAUUAUCAUCUUAAUAGUCUUACACCUCAUGAUUGAUCUUCACAUUUGGACAGAUAUCUCGAAUGACAAUUCUGAGUAUCUUGUAUCCUAAAAUAUUAUGUGGCCAGUUCUGUAAAUCGUUACAAAAGAGUGAUUGUAAUAAUAUACAUAUGUUUAAC